AUCGACAGCACCGUCUCAGGCACGGUACCUGAAAAGCAUCACAAUGACUCGAACAGAUUCUGGCUGUGCCACUGACGCGUAUAUUCGUCAAAUCUGCUGCUGUAUGACCUGAUUCCACUUCUCCCAUGCUUCGCAAGUGACCUCGUCGUGCUGGGGUGGCUUUGUACUUUGCAAUACUCUUCUUCUCUCUCAGGUGGCUGGAAUCACCUCUUUUUGCCAGGUCGACUUCCUGGAAAGUUCCCUCCCUUGGGUUUAUCCGCGCGAUAGAGAUCUGAGUUUCCCGCUGGCUGGAUAACCAGACGUGUCGUGGUAAGGGGCCUUGGUAUCAGAGAUUGGAAGCAGCAGUGAGAACUCGUCCUGGAUGUGGCCGACGAUGCGAACGUCAACCGCUGCACUUUUUGGCUUGCUUGCAAUUGUUACUGCACAUGUCGACAACAAGAACAGGCAAGGCCGUCAGCUCGUGUUUCCCAUUGUCCGUUCUAUCGAACAACCAACCCCAGAAUACGCCAGGCCAAGUAGACGACUCGAGAGUGUUAUUGUUGCAAAUCGUUCAGACAUUGCAUAUUACGCUCGUUUGACUUUUGGCACGCCUCCUCAACCACAAUUCGUGCUCCUCGACACCGGUUCCUACGAGCUCUGGGUCAAUCCAGACUGCACGGCCCUCAACAACGAGCUGGACGCACGAUUUUGCCAGGCACUUGGACGUUACAACGCUUCUGCCUCAUCGACGUCGCUCUCGCUGGGCGAGAGCAAGACUUUACAGUAUGGGAUAGGCAAUGCCACCUUCGUGUAUCACAAAGACACUGUGGGUGUCUCGAACUCAACAGAGUUGAGUUUGAACAACCUCCAGUUUGGGGUAGCCACGGAAACCGAGGAUGCUCCGUCAGGCAUUCUCGGCCUGGGCUACGGCAAAGAAGUAGCCACAAAGUAUCCCACCUUUAUCGAUCAGCUUGCUGAGCAAGGAACCACGAGUACGAAAGUUUUCAGCAUUGCGCUAGGGGGCAAGGAGGAGGAGGAGGGAACACUCAUGUUUGGUGGGCUCGAUGCUGGUAAAUUCAGUGGCAACCUGCAGACCCUGCCGAUCCUGCCGCCCUCGCAAUCGCCAGACCAGCGCCCGCGGUAUUGGAUAAACCUGAAGGCAAUCGGCUCGAGCUCAGAAGCAAGUAACGAGGCAAAGACGUACGAGGAGUCCCGCAACCUGACGGUGUUUCUCGAUACCGGGUCCACGAUGACCUUGUUGCCCAUGGCGCUGGCCAAGAGAAUCGCGGCCGACUUUGGUGGCAGCGAGCCUGACGACAAUGGCCAGUUCGUGGUUGACUGCGCAAUGGCACAGGCUGAGAGGACACUGGACUUUGCUUUUGAUGGGACCACGAUCCGUGUGCCAUACUCUGAGAUGAUCAGGGAGUUUGGCAUUGGCAUGGGCAGCGUGAAGUGUUAUCUGGGUGUUCGUGGCAGUGACGACUUUGUCUUGCUGGGCGGCUCAAUGUUGCGCUCAGCUUAUGUGGUUUUCGAUCAAACCAACAAUGCCAUCCACCUUGCGCAAUAUGUCAAUUGUGGCAGUCGUGCAGUUGAGAUCACUGCUGACUUUGACUUCAAGUCCACACGAGGCGAUUGCAGUCCGCUAUUGGCUACGGACCGACCCGAGGUGACUUCAGCUAUUGUCAGUGGCAAUACGCCUACGUCCUCAACAGCCAUCGGCCCGUCGGAAUCUGCUGUGAGCUCUGGCUCUCACUCAGAUAUCACGUUUCAGGGGUUGUGGCGGAUCAUAGCACUGGCAUGCGCCAUGAUAUUCUUACAUUGAAGGGGGCAGGAUGAGGGCUCUUCUAUCGAGGCCGACAUAUGUGUUCGUUGUGUCAUAGGUAUUGGUUACUCAAGGACCUUGUCGUCGUUUGCUCGUGGCGUUUUGCUGCUUUGGGCAAGCGAGACCAGGGGGCCCACUGGCUUAGAAGUGUCCAUGGGUGUCUGUCUGGAAUAGACACCAGCGUCUUCGGGGAUACCACAGGUGACUUUAGCGGUUUGGGGCUCCAUACUAUCGAGCAUUCACAAAUUGUCGAAUAACCGCUCGUGAACAACAGACGUCCAUAUGCAAAGUGAGUAUCAUCUGUUCCUCGG